CUCGACUUCCGUCAAUGACGCAGUUGUCAAAAUGGCAGGACACGAGCGCCAGCAGCACUUGUCUCCGUGUUUGUGUGAUCUGAUGAGGCUGCUGUGGUCCCUGGUCGCGCCCUGCGCCUACCUCAGCCUCCUGCUGACCCUGCUCCUCCUGCUGCUCCUGCUGGGGCUCCGCGUGUGGCUGCAGGGCCGCCGUAGGGCCCGCCGAGCUCAGGACGGAGGUCCGGCCGUGGCUUUCUUCCACCCGUACUGCAACGCCGGAGGAGGCGGAGAGCGGGUCCUGUGGUGCUCCCUGCGGGCUCUCAUGCACCGACGUCCAGACGUGUCCUUUGUGGUUUACACGGGGGAUCAGGGAGUGAGCGCUGAGGAGAUCCUGGAAGGAGCCCGGCAGCGAUUCAACAUCACCCUGCCUCGACCGGUCGCCUUCAUCUUCCUGCGACGUCGUGUUCUUGUGGAGGCCUCCUCCUACCCUCACUUCACCCUGCUGGGCCAGAGCGCCGGCUCCAUGUUCCUCGGCUGGGAGGCCCUGACGGCCUUCGUUCCUGACCUGUACGUGGACUCCAUGGGCUACGCCUUCACUCUGCCCAUCUUCCGCUACCUGGGAGGAUGCCAGGUGGCGAGCUAUGUCCAUUAUCCCACCGUCAGCACUGACAUGCUGUCGGUGGUCAGAGAGAGGAACCCCAGGUUCAACAACGCUAACUUCAUCUCCAGAAACCCGGUGCUGAGUGCAGUGAAGGUGGUGUACUACUGCUGCUUCGCUCUGCUGUAUGGCCUGGCCGGCUCUUGCAGCGAUGUCAUCAUGGUGAACUCCACCUGGACGCUGGGACACAUCCUGGCUUUGUGGCGCUCUCCAAGCCGCACCAGCAUCGUCUACCCGCCCUGUGACGUCAGGGCGUUCCUGGACAUCCCUCUGGAGGAGGAGGAGGAAGAGGAUGAAGGCGAGGGCUGGGAGGAGCUAGGGCAUGAGCUGGGGAGUGAAGAGGACAAAGGAGACAGGAAGUGUCACUCCAUUGUGUCGGUGGGUCAGUUCAGACCUGAGAAGGACCACCCGCUCCAGAUUCGGGCUUUCAGCACCCUGCUGCACAGGAAAGGAGAAGGGCCAGGGGGAAGGGAGUCCCUGCGGCUCGUGCUGAUAGGUGGAUGCCGGAACCGGGAGGAUGAGGAGAGGGUGCUGAUGCUGCAGGGGCUUUGUCAGGACCAGGGCGUGUCGGACUUAGUCGACUUCAAAAUCAACGUCCCCUUUGAGGAGCUGAAGAGGGAGCUGGUGAACGCAACCAUAGGCCUUCACACCAUGUGGAACGAACACUUUGGCAUCGGUGUGGUCGAGUGUAUGGCUGCAGGCACCAUUGUUCUCGCCCACAAGUCCGGCGGUCCGAAGCUGGACAUCGUGGUGCCGUAUGACGGUGGGCAGACAGGUUUCCUGGCCGACAGCGAGGACGGCUACGCUGCUGCCAUGGAAAACAUUCUGGCACUGUCUCCAUCAGCCAGACUGGAGAUCCGGCGAAAUGCACGGCGCUCAGUAGAGCGGUUCUCUGAUCAAGAGUUUGAAGCGUGUUUCCUCGCAGCCAUGGAGCCGCUGAUGAUUAAACUGGAGCGAUGAGUCUGCAGCAGGAACCAGGAGUUAUGUUAGAAGCUUUCCAGGGGCUUUGCUUUAAGAGAACAUUGUCAGGACAGGUUCCUGGACAACAUGCACGGCCUAAAGAUGUCAACAACACAGGACAUUUCCUGUCUUAGCACCACUAACGCAGAUGAAGGCAGUUAAUAUGUCCUUCCAUUGAUGUGAUCAUAGUUUGUGUUGGUUCCUGAGUUUACGUGAAGGGCUGUGAAUGUGUCGGGGUGAGUUAAAUGAUGCUUUCAGUUUUUGGCCAAUUCUCAUUCCUGUUUGUGAUGUGGUCCAGGCAAGAGAGUAUCAUAAUAUGUAAAUUAAGGGGGUUUUAAUUUAAUUAAUUUUAAUUUAAACGUGCCAGUGUUAUUGGGUGAACUAAAAAUAUUAUCGGACA